CAAACCCUAAAAAUCCAAACUAAAAGUAUUUCCAACAGUUUAUUCGAAUGACCGACUAUCCAUACCCUCUAGUUCUUUUCGGAGGCAAUUCGCGCGCGAGCCUGGACUUGUAAAUAAAUAACCGUGUGACAGCUGAAGGAUUACGUCAAUAACAGGCCAUCCGCAGCGCCUGUGUCAUUGUUUAUAUUCAAGUGCAGUAUCAUUGAGACAAAGUGGACAGGUACCAUCAAUCUAUCACGGUACCACAACCGCGGCAUCACAAUGUUGUUACUAGGCCUCGUCAGUCCUGAACUAGUCUAGUUAUCAUAAAUUAGUACCUCAAGUGUUUCUGUAUAAUAAAUGCAAUAAGUGAACCAUUAAACGUGGAUCUGUCGCGGGCGCCGCAAGAGGCCGGGGGCCUCCCUGCGUCUGAUAGAUACAACGUCUGCCUCACGAUAUCCACAGGGGUGGACGUCAUUUUAAUAAACGAUUACAACGCCGCCCCUCUGUUCGCCUCGGAAAACGCCUCCAGUGAAGUGUGGGGCUCGGGCGGCGGCGGCGGCGGCGCAGCAUGCGGUAACAGCGGCAUGGACCUCAAGCAGGUGGAGGUGGCGUACCGCGGCCUGCCCGGCGUGAAGGCCGAGCCGGGGGUCUCCCACGGGCACCAGCCCCUCAACGGGCACCUGCGGGAGUGGAUGGGGGGCGGAGCCGGCUCCCCGUCCCCCGGAGCCGCCGCGCAGCCCCAGAGCAAUGGGUACUCGUCCCCGCUGUCCACGAGCAGCUACGGGCCGUAUAGUCCGAAUGGGAAAAUAGGCCGCGAGGAGCUCUCGCCAGCGUCCAGUGUGAACGGCUGCAGCAAUGACGGCGACGCGCGGAGGCCCAAGAAGGGCCCGGCGCCGCGGCAGCAGGAGGAGCUGUGCCUGGUCUGCGGGGACCGGGCCUCGGGGUACCACUACAACGCGCUCACGUGUGAGGGAUGCAAAGGAUUCUUCAGGCGGAGCGUCACAAAGAACGCAGUCUACAUCUGCAAGUUCGGGCACGCGUGCGAAAUGGACAUGUACAUGCGGAGAAAGUGCCAGGAGUGCCGGCUGAAGAAGUGCCUCGCCGUUGGCAUGAGGCCCGAGUGUGUGGUGCCGGAGACUCAGUGCGCGAUAAAGAGGAAAGAGAAGAAGGCACAAAGGGAGAAGGAUAAGCUGCCUGUAAGCACGACGACGGUGGAUGAUCAUAUGCCGCCGAUCAUGCAGUGCGAGCCGCCGCCCCCUGAAGCCGCUAGGAUUCUCGACUGUUUGCAGCACGAAGUGGUCCCGCGGUUCCUGUCGGACAAGCUGCUGGAGCAGAACCGAGCCAAGAACAUCCCCCCCCUCACGCCCAACCAGAAGUUCCUCAUAGCCAGGCUCGUCUGGUACCAGGACGGGUACGAGCAACCCUCGGAGGAAGACCUGAAGCGGGUCACGCAGACGUGGCAAGCAUCAGACGACGACGAAGAGGAGUCGGACAUGCCGUUCAGGCAGAUCACGGAGAUGACCAUCCUCACCGUGCAGCUCAUCGUGGAGUUCGCGAAGGGGCUGCCCGGCUUCGCCAAGAUCUCGCAACCUGAUCAGAUCACGUUACUGAAGGCGUGUUCAAGCGAAGUGAUGAUGCUGCGAGUGGUACGGCGGUAUGACGUCACCACAGACAGCAUCCUGUUCGCCAACAACCAGGCGUACACUCGCGACAAUUACCGCAAGGCGGGCAUGGCGUACGUCAUCGAGGACUUGCUGCACUUCUGUCGCUGCAUGUACUCGCUCAAUAUGGACAAUAUACACUAUGCGCUGUUGACGGCUAUUGUUAUAUUCUCAGACCGGCCGGGGCUGGAGCAGCCUCAACUAGUGGAAGAGAUCCAGAAGUACUACCUGAACACUCUCCGGGUGUACAUCCUGAACCAGCAGAGCGGCUCGCCCAAGUGCCCCGUGAUCUUCGGCCGGAUCCUGUCCAUCCUCUCCGAACUGCGCUCGCUCGGCACGCAGAACUCCAACAUGUGCAUCUCACUCAAGCUCAAGAACAAGAAGCUGCCCCCCUUCCUCGAGGAGAUCUGGGACGUGGCCGACGUGUCCACCCCCGCCCCCGCCGCCGCCCCCCUCGACGCCCCCGAGCUCUAGCCCGCGCGCCCCCUCUAACGCACGGCUCACAAGGAGAGACGCUCAUAGACUGGCUAGUUUUAGUGAAGUGCGACAGACCUAUACGGAUUGUGCAAAUUUAUGUAUAUUCGACGAGAUCACGUCUCGCGUUCGGGUGGAUAUAUGUGCGAGAGAUUAGUGAAUAUAUGUGUUGUUGAACGUUUGGAGAAUAUAUAUUUAGUGUUGAUUGUUUACGGCCGAGGCCGAGGGCCGGUGGCCGCGACUGUACCGCGCACAUGCGCGACUGUACAGGACUGCAGCCGGUAGCUACCUACACAUCCUAUGAAACCAUACGUACACUACGAGAGUUAUACAGAAAAAGUAAUAUAUAAAGAGAUAUAUUUCUAUUGUGUGAGAGUUGUAUCGUUCGCGUUUAUACACGGGAGCGGAGAGUAUGUUGUGUUUGCCCUCGUGUUAUCAUGUCCCGUCAGUUUAGUUCCAUGUUCCAUCGUCCUGUGCCCGUUUCCCUCAAUUUUUAUAAACGUAAUUAUAAUUUAUUAUUGCUGUGAUUACAUUUAUAACAUGUUGAAUUAUAAUCUGUAGGCUGAGAUAAGUGUGUCUUAUUACAUAUAAAAAUUCUACUGCCGUCGGUAGCUUUCAUAAGUACUAAGAGUCUGUCAUCUCUGAGUUUUAGGUAACUUUUUUAAUGCAUACUGCCGAUUGAAUCAUACGACCAUACUGCACUGAGUCAAUAUAAAAUUAGACAUGUAGAUAAUGUAUUUGUGUUCGUCUCGAGUAAUAUACAGGGCGGCAGUCGCACCCUUGUGAUCAGAACAGGUCAUCGAAAACCCGGUAGGAUCCAUGAAACAUCUCUGUACUAAAAGGCUGAUAAAUACUUAAGCGUGUGAUAGCGAAUGCUCUUUCCCCCUCGCCCCCGCUGCGUCAUAGAUCCACCAUACAGCUGCUUCACUCUUCAGACUAAUGUUUGGACUAAAGUUAUUAUUGCGGAGACAGAUUUGGUAGUUUUAAGUAUACUUGGUGUAGGAUGCUAGUUGCGUGUGAGACUGUAGGCUGCCGCAAAUUCGAAGUAGCGAGCCCACUAGCUAAUUAAUACCUGUUUGUAAUUAUUAUUAAUUUAUUAAAACUAUUUAUUGUAAAACAAUUAGUAAAUUCUAUUUAUGUACCUAAUUGACCCAUGUCUGUGUUUAUGAUGAAAGUACAAAAAGGCAGCUAAUGAAUUACGUAGUGUUUUGUUGCGUAACAUAGAAGUUAUGGUCCUUUCUCGGCCGAGCUUACUCUUUGGGAUCAAUAUUGGUAGCAAAACUUGUUACUAGCUUGCUCGCGCGCAACUAGCAUGCAACUAAUACGAUUCUGUCUCCCGUUGCAAAAUUGGUAUUAUGCCAUGUACGAUACCAAUUUUGCAACAUCAUGUAUAAUCGUUUUGAGCAUACUAUUCUAGUUUACUAACGAAAAUACUGUCAAUCAUUAAAAUUUUAUACAACUUUUUCAAAAAUCAAAAAGCGAUAGAAUAUUGUAACCGAAAUACAAAAUGCCUUAUUUCGCGGUACCUGCAUUGAGUACCUUCAUUGUUGAAACAAAAUAAAAUUCAUAGUGUAUUAUAGAACUACAAAUAACAUAGAUCUCAAUAACCCUAAUUUAGUGUUUGUUAAACAUUAAGUAAAAUGUUUUCGUUUCGAUACUGGGCAUUCUGUAAGUCAUAAUAAUAUUAUAAAUAGCUAAUAUUAUAAACACAAGUCACUGCUUCUAUUUACAUCUUUGUGCCUGUCUCGAUAUCGGUGUUUCGACACAAGUACAUCUGAACUAGCGAAAUGACUUCGCUAUUUUAAUGUACCAUAGUUCACCGUCACACCCAUACAUUUGAAACUAAGAACAUUGUAUGUAAUUGUGAAUACUGAGUGCUGAAUGAGACUUCUUUACAUGCCACUAAAUUUAAAUGUGUUGUAAAUUUACAUGAUACGUAUGUUUGAGUAUUUUGAACGCAUUUCUAAUGUAAUUGAUCGAGCUAGCACCGCGGGCCUCACUUCAUGUAGAGUAGCGUCACUAGGAGUAGCCCCGCUACGGAAAUAAGCACAAAUGUCGACGAGUGACUCCGAAUUAGGCUCCGUUCACACGACCGACUCGAAGAGAAAAGCAGAAGAUAAAUGC